AUGUCCACGACCGUUACCAGCGUGCCAGGCUCACCUCCUGACCUGUCCGCGUCUCGUUCCUCAAAAUCGUCGUCUUAUUCCUCCACCUUUUCGAGUCCUGAUGGCUUGGACACAGACAUAAUCAACUUUGAGGAGAUUGGCUUGGAAGACGACAAACAUGCAACGCCGAGAUUUUGUCAUUCGCGCGAUGUCUCGACGCAGUCCGUUGGCUCGCAGCACGAACUCAUGAAGACGAAAGACCCUGGCGUGGACGAGAAGAGGCCCACGCUCCCACAACUACAGACCCAAAUCUCGAUGUCAGGAUCGAGGCACGACUCAGCACCACCACGAGGAGCUGGCUCGAGACUGGCAACUUUUAAGCGCGGGUUCACGAGCCCGGAGACAUUUUAUUCCAGCAUGAGGACCAGAUCGUCAUCUCCUCCAGAGCGAAGGAACCACGCGUCCUUCUCGACUCCCUCGCUCAGUGCUGGUGGUCUUCAACCAAUUCCCCAAUCACCGGCAAACUCUCUAGGACUGCAAGCUCGGCGUGCCUCGUGGCAGCCCCAAAGAAAAACGGUCAAAGAAUUAGAGGCAGAAUACCAUGAUUCCGACGAUGAGCUCCCUGAGGAUGCGAGUCUGUGGAACGUCCCCCUCUCCCCUCAUGCUGCAGGACAAAGGUCACACCGUUCCAGCUUUCGUGGAAGCCCGGAAAGAGAUCAGCCAGCUCCGAGUCCGCGCCCUAUACCUCUUGAACAUGCCAGAACAGCUCCGGAAGCACCUCCGCGGCCUGGACGUCACCCCCAAAGCCUACCAAAGAACAGAGGCGCCGUCCCAAGGUCGGUCUCACUCACACCUACAACCUCGAAUCCGUCGUCCCCACGCAAAGCUGGCCACGCUCUCAAUGGCAGGACAAAAUCGUGGAACAUUGCCAUGGCCGAUUUGAGUGAGGAAGCAAGAAUCAUCUCUGAAGCGUUGGAAUAUCAUGCCGAGGCGAAGGAACAGGAACGGCUCGAGAGAGUCCGAGGGGGUUCGUCACGGGGCAGCUCUGAAACUUCAAUGGAUCGUGGUUCGAGAUCCUCGUCCAUUCAGCUUCCUCCGAUCCAAAAGAGUGCACUGGAUUUCAUGCCGAUUUCCAAGGAAAAGGAGGCUAUCUUGUCGCGGACGAGACCAUCCUGGUUACCACCAAAAGACCCGAAGGAGGAGAGACGGCAUUUGAGAGAAUACCAACGAAUGAUGGCGGCAUCAAUUGAGGCCGAGAAGAAGCGUCGUACGAAGCUGCAGGUUCAGCAAUGCGAAAAGGAUGACACCCGGGAGUCCUUGAAUCGGAUUUGGCAUUAUUAUGUGGAGGAGACUACGGACAUCACAACCAUCGACAAACGAGUCAAUGACCUUUGCUGGCGCGGAGUCAGUCCCAAUCUUCGCGGAAAGGUUUGGCAAAGAGCUGUGGGCAAUCCUCUGGGUCUUACUGUCCAGAGCUACGAGAAAGCUUUGCAACGAGCAAAGGAAAUUAAAAAGCGAGGGGGCGGCCAGCUUGACCGAGACGAAAGGAGCAUGGAACGAUGGUUUGUCGAUAUCGAACGAGACGCCGAGACGGCUUUUCCUGAGCUCAACCUUUUCCAAAGGAACGGACCACUCUGGCAGGAUCUCAUAGACGUUUGCGAAGCAUAUGCAUGCUACCGAAGUGACGUGGGAUACAUCUAUGGGAUCCAACUUAUCGCAGCAUUACUGUUGCUGCAGCUGUCGACCCCUAAAGACGCCUUUAUCCUGCUGGCCAACUGUCUCAACCGGGUGGUGCCGUUGGCAUUUCAGACCGAUGACACGGCUAUUACGAAUCGCACUUAUAAUCACGCCGUGUCGACUUUGGGCAUCAAAUUCCCCCGUUUGUAUGAAUAUCUCUUUGGUUCCGUCGAACAAGGGGGCCUUGGUUUUCGCGGUGAAGAAGUUUUUGAGCCAAUGCUCCGGACAAUCUUUUCCAAUGGGCUGGAUGUCGACCGCCUAUGUCGGAUCUGGGACAUAUGGAUCUUUGAGGGUGACCGGACAUUGGCCAGCGCGGCGGUGGCCGUCCUGGGCAGCCUUCAACAACAGCUCUUCGAUGUCCAGGGUGACGCUGAUCUGAAAAGACGCAACAUUCAGGAGAUGUUGGGAUGGGGUCCUUUCAAGCGUCUCCCUCACUCCGGGCAUUGGGACCUCCAGUCGGUCGGAGAUGAAGACAAGUUUGUGGAAGAAGUGCGGCUUGCGGGGACGCUUGACUACACCGGCAAAUAA